AUGUCAUACGGACCCCGCAUGUCCAAUCUCCACCAGGGGUUACUAUUCGUCAAAGAGCUAAAACAGCUCUGCUCCUGCGACAUCAAGUACACGGAGGGCGUGCAGUCCCUGAACUGGACCAAGAUCAUGAAGACCAUCGUGGACGACCCCGAGGGCUUCUUCGAGCAGGGAGGCUGGUCUUUCUUGGACCCCGAGGGCGAUGGAAGCGGUCGGGAGGAAGACUCCGAGUCGGAAAUAGAGGAUGAAACAUUCAACCCGUCUGGAGAUGAAGAGGAGGAAGAGGAGGAGGCGGACAGUGACGAAGACUACGACUCGGAGACAGAGGACUCCAAUUACAGCGAGUCUGUCGGCAGCGAGGAGGAGAGCGGGAAAGACUGGGACGAGCUGGAGGAAGAAGCCAGGAGAGCUGACAAAGAGAGCGUCUACGAGGAAGAGGACACCACCACCAACCCCAGGAAGAGAAAGAUCCGCCCACCCCCCCCAAGCCGCCCCGCCGCCAAGAAGAAGCGACGGUCCUAAAUGUCUCUUACAAACACACACGUACACACACACACACACACACACUGCCAAACCUAGACCUUUCAUUAACCCCAAAUGGCUCUUCUCACUCAUACAUUUACAAACACACACACUCAGACACACACACAAUGUGUAUAUAGACGUAGACGCCCCUUAUUUUUCGUGUUGGUCAGUGAAGUGUCAUGUUGAAAUGGUAGGAAAGAACGAGCGGUCACACACACUUCAUUCAUCACCCCCCCCCCCCCCCUUAAUUCCUUCCAUCUCCAUCCACCCAUCAGGUGUCAUGUUUGUGUGUCUGUGUGCGUGCAUGUGUGUUUAAAUGGGUUUUUAUUGCGAGCAUUGUUUGUUUUCCGUUUGGAAAAAAAGAUUUGUUUUUCUUAACUAAUGGAUAAUAAAAUGAAAAAAGGCUUGACAUAUCCUCUGCCAAGUGUUUUAUAUCAAAUCUGAGAAACUCUCCUCGUGUACGUUUCACUUCCCCUCAUGUUUUCUUCAAUAUUUGUUCAAUUGAAGUAAUAAUAUGGAAUUUUUUUGAAGGGGGGGGACGGAUACAUUCUCUGAUUUAUUCUUCUUUUUAAUGGGGAUCGUAAACUUAUGCGCACACACACACACACACACCACUUCCCUCGCACUUGUUCUCUGUUUCCCCCUUCCUUUUUUUUCAGUAGAUUUGUUGUUGUACUGUUAAUUCUGAAAAUCCUGUUUUUUGUUUUUGUAAUAAAAUUAAAAGGAACUGUAGAUUUGAA